UGUGUUCGAUGAGUAUACAUAAUAUCUGCAUACAGCUAUAAGUAUUUCGAUCAGUCCUAUGCAUUCUUGUUUUAUUAAUUAGGUUCGAUGACUGUUAUGAUUCAGUUGAGCAAUUGAGGUUUCUAGAAAAUAUUCGAAAAAAUUUACUAUUUUUUUGAUCGUAUAGGAUUUAACGGAAAACAUUAAGCCGGUAGAGGAGAGUCUUCCACCUAUCAUUGUCACAGAGGCAGAUUUCGGAGAUCAUCUCAUGCAAAGACAAAUAACGGGCUUACAAAGCUUAGAUAAAUCACCAGAACGACCACAAAAUAUCAAAACGAACGAAGAGCAAAAUAAGGAAAACCUGCAGCCAGACGAUCAUCAUUGUAAUCAGCCGAAAAACCAAAAAGUUGAGGUCAUACCUGUUCAAAUUUCGGAAGUUGAUCUGAAUAGCGGCGAUGUAUUAUUCGACUCCAGUUUACAUUCAUUGGAUUUGACAAAACUAUUGAAUGAAUCAAUCUUUGGAAAAGUAACAUUAAGCAUCUACGAGAUACGAAAAGAUUUUGACGAAUCAACUCGUAGAAAACUGGUGGACCUAAUAAUCACGUCCUUACUAUCGAAAACUGAUCCACUCAAUCAACCCAUUCAGUACAAAAAUCACCACUUUGAUGAAUUAGCAAACAAAAUUAUCGGAUUAUUCCCAUCAGAAACUAAAGAGAUUUAUUACGUGGCGCCGCACACAGAAGGAUCUCAGCAAAAAAUUUCUAAAGGCAAGCUCGUAGAUGCUUAUAGGAAUAGGUUGCGGCAACUUAAGAAAGCUGGGCUUCAUAGAGGUCGGAAACGAAAAAUUGAGGAGACCGAGGGGGAAUCUGAUUCUAUCGACACAGAGAAUAAGCGCGUUUGUACCGUGCACCAAGACUGGCUCAGGCAUAAUACUGCACCCUGGGAAUCAGUCGUCGAGCAUUGGAAUGCUUCACGGGCACUGAGGCAGUCCGAUUUUCAUAAAGCAAUCGGCAAUGUUAACAGCAUAAUCGAAGCGUGGCCAGUCGUGAAACAACCAUUAGGCUAUACGUUGCUAGAAAGUGACUACAACUAUAUGUUCAACGAUGGACUCAGUAUUUACUCCGAGUGGCCCAUGCUUUCCACAAAACUAGAAAACCUUAUGAGGUCCGAGAUCAAAGAAAAAGCUUAUAUUCCCUUCUUAGACAACUUAAAAGACAGUGACAUUACCCCAGAUUCAAGAGACGCUAUACUACUAAGUCUGCUACCUGUAAUUUGCCCACCAUCAACCGUAGUACGUCUAGCCAAGGGAUCAUGGAAACCCAGCUGUGCAGAAUCAAUAAACGGAUUCAUCUUACACGUGAAGGUUCCGGGAGAUCUAGAGAUGGCGAGAGAUCAGCAGCGAGAAAAGAUGGCAAAAAUAAAACAACCACUUCAACCUUACGUUAUUGUCCUUGGUCCGCGACUAUCGGCUAUUGAGCACUCAUAUGUAAACGUAGAUGAGACGCUGUACCUUGUGGAAAGUCCAUUGAAGGCCGUGGACAUUUGCUAUAAAAUAUUCCAGGUUUUAAAUGCGACAUAUCCUCCUCAAAGUGAACAAGUUUGGCUCUUCUUACAGAAGUAUGUUUACAAGCGAACAACCAGAUGGGACAAACAAGUAAAGUCCGUAAUAAUCCUUACUGGGAAACUCAACCAAGCCAAGAAAGAAAAUUCUCGGUCAGGUGAGCCUGAGUCCCAAAAUUAAUAGUUGUUUUUAUUUCACGAUGUUCC